UUUAGUAAUAUUUACAGAAAGUAAGGAUAACAAAGCCCUGUAAGAUACGAUGUUCCGAUAUCUAGUAAUAUUUCUGUGCUCUUCUGCUUUGUUAUCAGCAGAACCAUCUUGUUCAAAAUUUCAUUAUGAAGAGCAAACAUUAAGAAAGAUGAUAAUGGUCGAGAUUUUAGUGGACAAACUGAAGGCGGACAUUGAAGAAACAAAAGGAAACGUUCAUGACACAUUGGCUAACAUAACAACUGAAUGCACCGAAUCUGCCGAAAAGCUUGGACAAGUUACCUCAAGGAUUGUGGAUAUUGAAAAUAUUCUGAAGGACUUAAAGGAUGAAAAAGAAACAGCGGAAAUAAUUCACUUUAGUGCGAGAGGAAUCAAGAAUGCGUCACCUGCCGCAAAAGAAACACUGGUGUUUUCAUCAAUUAUGUCAAACCAUGGAUCGGCGUAUGACAAAACAACCGGAAUAUUCACGGCACCUGUUGGUGGACUUUACAUGUUUAAUCUUCAACUUUGCAUCAAUCGGGACAAAUAUUUGUAUUUUGAGAUCGUUGCCAAUGACCAAGCAAUUUUCAAAGGCCUAGGACUCGAUGAUACAAGUAAAUGGUCAUUAUGCCAUUCAUAUAGUACUUCUACCAUACUUAAAGCAUUGGAUAAGGUUUCAGUUAAAGCUGCCAGUACAAACGGGAACGCUCUUUGGGAAAGUGACUCCGACGCCUGGAAUAUGUUUAACGGAUUUAUCAUUCUAAAAUAGAAGAUAAAUAAAUAAAUAAAAUAAAGCUUUGAAGAAUUGUUAAAAUGAGACAAGUAAACUAGGAUGCUGCUGAUUUGCUAAAAACAAAUCUUUUUAUGACUUCACCUACUUCUUGCUGAAAUUGUUUUAGACAAGUAUGUUAUUUGAAAUAAUUUGUAUAAUGAUGAACAAAUUCUAAGAGAUAUCAAUUCAUACUACCGAACUUAAAUAGCUUAUCUUUUAUGUCAGUUGAACAGUUGUUAAAGUGUUAAAGAUUGUUAUAGAUUUAUUUAUAUGUUGUUUCAGCCUGCAUUCUUAUAUUUCACAUUCCAUAUUUUCAUUUUGGUAAGAUCACACAAUUUUUACCGACAAAUAUAAAAUCCAGGUCUUAGAAAUUAAGCAUCAUGAUUUCGUAACGCUACUAAUUACAAACAAUUUGUUUUGUGAAAUUCUGUGUUUCUCACUCUUAUGAUUAAGAAAUUUAGUAAAGUUUAUCUGAUCAAAGUAUGACAUAUAUCUGUCGCCUAUUUUAUUAUUUUAUGAAAAGUUUAUUUAGAUAACAUGCAUAUACAGACUGUGAGCAAACAGAUGUGAAUAUUUACCCUUUGGGAUUAAAUGCUUUUGAUAUCGUUGUCAAGUACACGUCAAAACUGGUACGCAUUUGGCAAAUAUGACAGUUAUUGGUGUAUGUGACGCUUCUAUCUGUAUACAAAGUUAUAUAGUUUUCUUUGGAACCAGAGUAUACAUUCUCUCUUGAUUGUUUGUGUUUGUUUGUUUGUUUGAUAACAAUUUUUUUUAAAUUUGAAUUAAGAUUGGUUGUGUUUCUUUUAGAAUAUUUAACAAAAAAUAAUUUAACAGUACUUGUUUAUAUAAACAGAUAAAAAUCUUAUGGAUUCU